AGCAUGAGCUUUUGGCCGCGCAGACGAUUUCGCAUCACACCGCUGCGAGCGUUGGCGGCGUUCUUCCUGAUGGUAGUGCUGUUCUGGUACAGCCUCAGUCGGCAAGAGGCGCCCAGGCAACCGUGCAGCGUGCCCGAGGAGUUCACGGAGAAACUGCACGAGCUUGCUUACAGGGCUCACCUGGUGCUGGCCAAACUGGGGAUCGUGCACUUUCUGUGCCUGGGCGGGCUUUGGGGUCAAGUUCGCAUCGGUCGUGCGCUACCUUGGGCACGUAAGGUCGAACUGUGCCUGGUGGACACGUUACGUGAUGAUGUCCUGAUCACGAAAGCGUUCCGUGAAGUUGGAUUGAGCGCUACGUAUCUGCACGCAGCCGGCGUGUAUCGUAUACAGGAGCACGAAGUCGGUGAAGAUGCUCCUAAAGUGGAAGUUGUUGUCUUCGAGGAGGACGCAGUGACGCAAAUGGUCAGGAGAGUCGGCUGGACAAGAAGGGUGCUGCCCCCAGAUUGCGAGUUCUCCCCAAGCCUGCAGUGCUUCCCGCCGCAGCUCGUGAUUCCUCCUUUACCGGCGAAACAGUUCGGCGGUCGAUUAAUACCUGUACCCAGGGAGGGUAUCGAGCUGCAGAAGUAUCAUUACCCAAAUGACUGGUGGCUCGAGGUGAAGCCGACGGAUUGCACCGAACCGCAAGAGACGAGCGCGUAG